AUGGCCUCCCCCGCCGUCGUGCAGCCCCUGCUCCGCCCGCUGGACACCGCCUCGUCGUCCCACUUCUUCCCCCACAGCAGCUCCGUCGCCGAUUUCAUUGGCAGGCACCUGCCCUCCUGGCAUCCUGCGCAUCCUCGCCAGCAGCAGCAGCAGCAGGACGCAGUCGACGGGGUGCUCGGCGACAGCGACGCUGCUGGCUGGCGUCGCCACACGCGCGCCUUCCUGUUCUCCCGCUGGGGCCACUACCUCGUGCUGCUGCUCGUCGCGGUGGAUGUCGCCUGCAUCUUCGCCGACUUCCUGAUCGAGCUGCACACCUGCGAGCUCAAGCAGAGGCACCGCCGCAUCGAUCCGCGCUGGGGCACCGCCCAGGAGGCGUUGGGGCUGGUCAGCCUGGUGUUUUCGUGCCUGUUCAUGCUGGAGUUGAUUGCGGCGACGUUGAGUUUUGGCUUGCACUACUUCUCGUCCAAAUUCCACGUGUUCGACUCGCUCGUCAUCGUCGUCGCUUUCGUGCUCGACGUCGCUCUGCGCGGCAUCGUCGAGGAGAUCGGCUCCCUGGUCGUGGUCCUGCGGCUGUGGCGCGUCUUCAAGAUCAUCGAGGAGCUUAGCGCGGCGAGCGCCGACGCUCUAGAGAAGUACGAGGACCAGGUGGAGGAGCUGCGGCGGGAGAAUCACAUGUUGAAGCGGAGGCUGAGGGUGGAUGCAGAUAUUGAAGCGGAAGCGGAUGUGGAUGAAGAGGAUUGA